AUGAAUAAACUAUUACUAAUUCUUGGAUUUGCCGUUUUUAGACUUCUAAUGCAAACCAGGCACGUUCGAGGCAACGCAUGUGUGGAUUCAUUAUACAUGAAAAUACAAUAUACAACAAAACAGAUAGACAAUUAUCUGAGUGAACUUGCAGUAAGUUCUGCCUACGAAUGUCUGGAACUUUGUCGAAAUCAUGGAACUUGUAAAUCAGUCGGUAUUGAAACAAGUACCAUAAAGUGUUUGUUAUAUGAUAAUCGAAUUUAUGCUGGACUAGCAGGAACUUUAAGCUCAGACCUCAUCUACUAUUGGCUACUUGAAGAAUCUGAAUGUCCAAAACAUCUUGGAUACAAUGAACAUUCCAUCAGUAAAAUAUGCACUAAAUAUAAUUCCACCAAAGUGACAUGGGAUGCGGCUCAGAGCCAGUGUGAAGGUGAUGGAGGGUUUUUGUUUAUAUUAGAUACACCAGACAGCCAGAUUGUAAUGAAAGAAUAUGUCAAUGCUGGUUUGCAUAGAUAUACCUUUCUUGGAGCAACCGAUAAGAAUGAAGAAGCUGUAUGGGAAUGGUUUAAUGGUGUUCCAAUCAAUAGAUCCAUGUUUACACCAUCUGAUCCCAAUAACUUUCGUGAUGAUCAACAUUGUGUGGUUUAUGAUGUGUUGGCCCUGAGUCUCCUUUCACUAGUAGAUCUGUUCGAUGCUAUAACAAAUGACGUUCUAUACCGCUGUGGUUUCAGAAACGCAUUUUUAUACGAAUACGUGAAAUCUGGAGCAUAUUUUGUUUUCUCCAAUGUUCGUCGGUAUGAAAGUAACUACUUCAGUACAGCUGAACACGGUGGAACCCAUCUCGACGCACCUGCUCAUUUCUUUAAAGGCAGUUGGAGAGUACAAGAGAUACCACCAGAAAGACUGAUUGGUCCAGUAGUGGUCAUCAAUAUAACUCAGAAAGCUUCAUCAAAUCCAGACUAUCGAGUUCAGAUUGAAGACAUCACCCAAUGGGAAUCAGACCAUGGUCAAAUUCCCGCUGGUAGUAUUGUUCUGAUGAAGUCGGGUUGGACUGUGAGAUACGCAGAAAAGAAAGAUUAUUUCAAUUCCCAGGAACCGUCCAAUCCUGACACUUUCCACUUUCCAUCCUUUCACGAAGAUGCUGUUGAGUGGUUGAUAAAACAUCGGGAUAUCAGUAUCGUAGGGGUGGAUACAGCUUCUGUUGAUUAUGGACAAAGCAAAACCUUUCCCGUUCACCAGAUGCUCGGAAAGUACAAUAUUCCUGGACUUGAAAACGUUGCCUUCCUCGAAAAAAUACCAGAGAAUGGUGCGACAAUAUUUGUAGGCAUCAUCAAGCUACACGAUGGCAGUGGUGGUCCGGUUCGAUUACUGGCAACCUUUGACCCUGAGUCAUCUAACCAACCUCCAACGAAUCAAAUAGUCUAUUGGGCUCUACUGCUGUCUUUCCUUUUACUCAUAUAUAAUAUUUGCCGAUAG